AUGCAGCUAGCUAACAGCGCCUGUCCAAAUGCAGCGCUUCAAGCGCUGCUGCGCCUGACAGGGGCUACCUUGCUCCCCAUCACAGCUGCCUUCUGGGUGCUCAAGGGUGCAGCAGAGCACAAUCGGCUCGGAUCCAACACCUACAGAAGACUCAACUUGGGGCUGGUGGCGUGGGCGGGAGUCAACUUGGCACUGCUGGCGAGCGAAGCCUCCGCAUUGACCUCCUGGUGCCUCAGCAUUCAGGUGGCGUUUUAUGCGGCUACUGCAGCACUGGGGGGUUAUGCCUGGGCCAGCAGCUCAGGCUUUGCGCCCACAGGCCGCCAGGUCAUCGACGGCUUCCUGGCAGAUGUGCAGUCCCUAUUCAGCAACAAGACGAUCCUGAGCGGCCUCCUUGCGCUGCUGUCCGUGGCCUCUGUCGCUGUGGGCUCGCUCAUCCUGCACCAGCCCCUCACCUACUUCCAGCCAUCUGAGUUCAGGUGA